AUGGGGUCGGCGGCGCUGGAGAUUCUCGGCUUGGUGCUGUGCUUGGUGGGCUGGGUGGGCCUGAUUCUGGCGUGCGGGCUCCCCAUGUGGCAGGUGACGGCCUUCCUGGACCACAACAUCGUGACGGCGCAGACCACCUGGAAGGGGCUGUGGAUGUCGUGCGUGGUGCAGAGCACAGGGCACAUGCAGUGCAAGGUGUACGACUCCGUGCUGGCGCUGAGCCCCGAGGUGCAGGCGGCGCGGGCCCUCACCGUGGGCGCCGUGCUGCUGGCGCUCGUCGCGCUGUUCGUGACACUGGCGGGCGCCCAGUGCACCACCUGCGUGGCCCCCGGCCCGGCCAAGGCGCGCGUGGCCCUCACGGGCGGCGCGCUCUACGCGCUCUGCGGGCUGCUGGCGCUGGUGCCGCUCUGCUGGUUCGCCAACAUCGUGGUCCGCGAGUUCUACGACCCGACCGUGCCCAUGUCUCAGAAGUACGAGCUGGGCGCCGCGCUCUACAUCGGCUGGGCCGCCUCGGCGCUGCUCAUGUGCGGCGGCGGCCUCGUGUGCUGCGGCGCCUGGGUCUGCACCGGCCGCCCGGAUUUCAGCUUCCCGGUGAAGUACUCGGCGUCGCGGCGGCCGACGGCCACCGGCGACUACGACAAGAAGAACUACGUCUGA